AUGGUGCCGCGGCCCGGCGUGCUGUGGGCAGUGGCGGCGGCGGCGCUGGCGCUGCUGGCGCGGCGGGCGGCGGCGGCGGCGGCGCUGGCGGGGCCGGUGGUGCGCUGCGAGCCCUGCGACGCGCGGGCGCUGCAGCAGUGCAAGCCGCUGCAGCCCGACUGCGCCGAGCGGGUGCGGGAGCCCGGCUGCGGCUGCUGCCUCACCUGCGCGCUGCGCCUCGGCCAGCCCUGCGGCAUCUACAGCGAGCGCUGCGGCGCCGGGCUCAGCUGCCAGCCGCGGCCGGAGGAGGCGCGGCCGCUGCAGGCGCUGCUGGACGGCCGCGGGCUCUGCACCAACGCCACGGCCGGCGGCAAGCUGCGGGCCUUCCUGCUGCCCGGACCGCACGCCGCAGGAAAUUCCAGUGAUUCAGAAGAAGACCGGAGUACCAGUAGCAUAGAAAAUCAGGCCAUCCCAAACUCUCACAGGGUGUCAGAUUCCAAGUCGCAUCCACAGCACAUCAAAAUAGAUAUCAUCAGGAAAGAGCAAGCCAAAAAUACACAACGCUACAAAGUGGAAUAUGAUUCGCAAAGUACAGAUACACUGAAUUUCUCUUCUGAAUCCAAACAAGAGACUGAAUAUGGUCCCUGUCGUAGAGAAAUGGAAGACACAUUAAACCACCUAAAGAUCCUGAAUGUCUUGAGUCCUAGGGGUUUCCAUAUUCCAAAUUGCGACAAGAAGGGGUUCUACAAGAAAAAGCAAUGCCGCCCAUCCAAAGGCCGAAAAAGAGGUUAUUGCUGGUGCGUGGAUAAAUACGGACAGCCGCUUCCUGGAUACGAUGGAAAAGGAAAAGGAGACGUCCACUGCUAUAACUUGGAAAGCAAGUGAGGAGGUAGAGGCUGUCUCUUCUGGCGCCUGUGCGUGGCAGUUCGAUGUAUCGGAGACCUUGGAGGGGCUGGGCAAACACCGUGGACUGCAUUGCACGUGGAGCUCUGCAUCCUGCCUCCUGCCUUGCCGGGGGAUCCGCUGGCUGUGUGGACUCCGCAGCUGCACCCCACCACUGACACGCUUCGGGCUCCCUGUAGCACGUGUAGGGAGCUCUGACUUCCCAAGUAAAUCUGCACUAUUGAUACCCAGAAAGAAAAAAAAAAGAAAAAAGAAAAAAAAGGCACUUCAGAAUGGAUUCAGGGAGUCUCCACUGACUUUUUAAAGAACGGCCUGUGACCAAUUUGAUCCCGAAAGAUACUGUGUUUUAUUUUAAAGAAUUUAUAGAUUGUAAGCUUGUAAAAGUAUUAAAACAACAACAACAACAAAACCGCAAGGAUUUAAAGUUUAAGCUUUUUUACAGGUCUGACGGGAAACUUAUCUUCACGGGUAAAAUGUUUUAUAAAAAUCUCAAAGAACUUUUUAAAGAAACGUAUUUCUAAAAUAAAGACAUGGCUAUUUUUUCUGUAAAAUAUAUUAUGAAUAUUCUGUUAGUCUGUAUUUAAUAUAAUUGUUUUUUAAUAAACUUUUAUUUAAAUGUAACAUGUGAAUACCAAAUAUUACACGAUAAUUUUAGCGUAAACUUAUGUAUGCAAAGAGAAACUGAGGGGAUGGGAUGAUUUACAGCUAUGUAUAGAUUCAUAUGCAUACACACUGAUCUAUUAUAGAUGAUGGAAAUGGAUUUAUGGAGUGAAGAAAGUAUUUCCAGAAGAGGUUAAAUUUCCUCAUUUGAGAUAGCUACAACUACCAAGAUAAUUUUUUUAAGUGUGUUUUUUUCCCCCAUUUUAUUGGUAUUUCUAACACAACCAUCACUGAAUUAUGCCACUGGAAAGAAUUGACAGUUGCACUGAAGCUCUCUGUAAAGCAUCCUUCUGUCUGUCCUUUGCUUCAGUUAGUGCAACAGGGCUUAAAUUUCCUUGUUCCUUCAGAACUGCCCAUGUUAGCAUAAAAUACUCAUGGACAAAAAGUUGCCAUUGCAGUACGACUCUUUCUGUUUGCUUAUUUAUUUUUUAAGAGCCUGUAUCUAUUCUCUGUUGUCUCAGUAUGCUCUACCAAAGCACAUAUUUGGGGCGAGGAAUGUCUGUUCAAGCGAGUGCCAGCAAGGUGGGGGAUUGCGGACCCCGCUUUGAGACCGGCGCGCUUCGUUUUGCGCUGCCGCACGAUCGUUGCUUCCUUUGACGCUGGCAGAAGGCAUUUGCCCGCCUCCGGGCGUAGAGUAAGAACCGUCGGGUUGAAAUAUUUGAACUGGUUCUCUGCCGUGGUGUUACAUGUCCUUUUAAUCACAAGCGUGUUGGUUUUGUGCUGAUAAUGCGAUGCUUUCACACGAGGAAGUCUUUGGCACCGAUUUGAGGCUGUUUGUUGAACUUUAUGACAAAUCCUGUAUGACAAUGAAAUUUGGAUAAGGAAAAGCAGCCUGUGAAAUGUAACAUCUCUCUUGGAAAGUAAUGCCAUAUUUUGUAUGUGUAUUUAUUUAUAUAUUUUAUAUAAAUAUUUUAUAUAUUUAUAUAAAUAUAUAAUAUAUUCCUUUAUGUGUCACUAUAAAUGUUUGCUGUUGCUGUAGGAAAAAAAGAAAAGAGCCCAUCAGCACCCUAACGUCCUGGUGGAUGGGGAGCCGGGGGCGAGUUCAGAGCCGUAUCCCUGCCUCAGGGCUUUCCAGCGACCGGGGCCGAGGGCUCGCGCGGGGGCCGCUGGCGCGGAGGGGAGCCCCGGCGAGAGGAAACUCGCGGGGGGACUCAGGGCUGCGGCCGCCCUCGCUUUUCCCGCUGCCUCCUGGCUGCAAACCCGCAGCCGCAGGAAGGUUUUUAACGUGCAGCUUGUGGGAUCGAGGCGGUCGAAAGCUUUCCCCCGAAACACGGUAGCUGAGCCGCCCGGGGGGGCGUUCUGCGCAGCUUCCCAGUUUCUCUCCCAUGGAGGAAGCUAAUGUCAUCGUUAAAACUGCAAUUUUAACCCUGAGGAAGAAUAAGGAAAAUAUCUAGAGGUGAGGCUUAGUCCAAGCUAGUGCAGACUUCCCAACAGAUGGUUGCAGAAAACUUUGUGAGAUGAAGAUUUAUUGCAUUUUUUUUUUUUUAACCACUAUUGCAAAUACAGUGCCUGCAAAGGCUGGUUGGCAAAAAUACUAUUUUUUUUUCUUUUUUUAAGUUAUUAAUCAGUUCCUCUCAAGUAGUGUCACAUGAGGAAGAAAACUACAUAUAGCAGCAUUUGGACGCUAUAGAUAUGAAAAUAAGGAUCAGAUUCGUGAAAAUUAAUCUGUAUUUCACCAUUUGACUUACAAGAAAUGUUUUAAUAACUCAUGGCAGUAUUUCUGAUCAGUGUUUUUUGUUACAUUUUUAAGCUUUUUAUAUUUUGCGCCCACAUUAAAUAGAUAUAAAAGACAUAUUGGCCAAUAAAGUUUCUUGAACAGUGCAAAAUUCUUUAAUCUACACAGAGCACCAGCUUUAUUUUUAAAAGAAUACGUCUUAAGGAACUCAAACUUCUUGAUUCAAGCAAACAGUUUGUCACAGGAAUUGGAAAAAAAAAAAAAAAAAAGAUUCAGCUACUUUAGUGGUGCUAAUGAAUCCAGCCUUCUGUAUGUAACAUAUUAGACAUAUAGCCAUAGGAAAAAGAUACGAAUUUCUGUAUGGUUGUGCAAAUCAAUUUGGUUAUCUUGUUUUCAAUAGAUGCUUUUAAAACAAAGACACUGUUAAAAACUAGCAAAUAAAAUGUUUCUCGUGUGUAAGUUAAAGUUCCCCCCUUGUUCAGAAAUUGCCUGUUCCAUGCUUUGUAUGAGCACAGUUACUUGCAUGAGUAUUGGACACUUCCCAUCAGGUGCCUGACGCGCCCCACAGCUGGCAUUCUCGGUAUGAAAUAAAAUAACCUUACUUUCACCCCUAAACCACACUCAUUAAAAUGAAGAGGAACA